GAAUGGAAGUUGACUUAGACGAUGUGCUCUCCUUGCUCCAAAAUUUGCAGCUACAAAUUAAUGAAACUAUUGCUGUAUUAGAUUUAGACGCAACCUCUCCGCAUGGUGUCAGCCGAGAGAGAAUUAGAAAGGAGCUGGCACGUUUGUUUGCCGAACAAAUUUCUUCAAAACAAUCUCUCAAUCGGGAUUGCGCGCAAAAUGAUAUAUCUACUCAGCAAAAAAUAUCAAGUUACCCAGAUUUCCGGCUGUGGCUGAAGUCUAUAGACAUUAGACAAACUCUUAGUAUUAGCUUGGAAAGCAACUUUGCCAGCCUGGAAAGUGUGUGUGAUACGCCUGCCGCUCAGAUCAGAGCCAUUGCGUCUAAAUGUGGUGCAUCAGAUGCUGAAAUAGAGACUUUGUUCAUCGGAUUAGAUAUUUUAAAAGCUGCGUUACACGAAUCGAAGAGUUCUCUUCAUCUUAAGUUGCAAACUACCUGCAGUAUAGACAGCCGCCAGCGUGAAAGAGAUGGCUCAAGUACAAUUCUCCAGCGGUCGGCUUCUGUGGAACAUCCGCCGCUGACCAAUGAAAUCUACCCGGAAAAAAUCUCGGCUAUCUGUAAAUCUCAACAACAUCUUCACAAAAAAUACCCGCAUGAGAGGCCUGGAGAUGCCUCUGACGAUGGAUACUACACCUCUGUUGAAAAAUCACCUGGUCCUCCCCACUUUUUGCCUGUGAGGAUUCCGCACCGUAUCGGCCACAAGUUUGUGGCGAAGAAGUUCGUGGCCAUUCCCAACAUCGGCAUCUGUGGAGUCUGUGCCAAGUUCCUCAUCACUGGCGUCAAGUGUCAGGACUGCAGGUUCAAAUGCCACAAAAAGUGCCAAUUGAAUGCGCCUGCCUCGUGUGGACUGCAUGAGGAGAGGGAGUCCAAACUGGUGGAACAGUCCAAUCACCACACGACGCCCUUCAUCUCUCCCACCACGCUCACCUCAGCCACCAUCUCCAACUUCUCAUCACGCACACUGGGCGGCCGCCUAUUCGACAAAUCAGACCCAAAAGCCAAUUCACUUCCUAGGAAAGGAGAAAUGGACCCAAAACUGAAGCGAAGUUUGGAGACAAAGUCAGGCAGCUCAACUUGGUCACCCAAAUCGGUCUCUACGCCAGCUUUCAGGCCUGUGGCUACAAUCAGCAGUCACUUUGUGCCACAAGGGGCUAUCCUGCAGUCGGGAUGCGGAGACGGUGUGGGGAUGGGCAAUGAGAGCACAUUCAGCAGUCGACACGCCAUCACAACCGAAUCAUCGGCAGACAGUUGCAGUAGUAGCUCCAUGGGACUCUCAGGCACUGACUUUGCAAGUCCAACAGGCACAGGUCCUGCGGGCUCCAGCAUGAAUCUUGGGCAGCCGAGGAGUGUGCGGAACAUCUCCACAUCUACAGGAGUGUCCUCGGAUAUCUCUUCUGUGGAGUCCAGUCCCUGUCCAGUCAACCCUCCCAGUGCGAACAGUGGCGGCUGUCCCACCUACUCACAUAUCUUCAACUUCACACACACAGAUCGAGACUUAAUCACUAAAAGUGAGUGUGGUCAAGAGGGCUGCCUGAGUGUCCCCCCUCCCUCGGGUGCUCACCACCACCGCUACUUCGACUCCCUCCCCUCUUUCGUCUCUUCCUGCUCCGCUUCUGCUGCUGCUGUCAAGUCCACCCUCCACUUGCGCGGCAGGGGCGCCUCUGCCGACGAUGAUCGAAUCCUCAUCAGCGCCACCAACACCUCCCAUUCAGGAACCCUCGUCUCAGGUCCCGCAACAACUCCCCACUCCACAUACGAAGUGGACUCACUACUACUUCAGCCCAGUGAGUCUAAUCUGAAGGAGGCUGCGAGUAAUAACACGAUAUCAUCGCCGGCAUCUUCAGUCGCAACUUCAACCAUCACUUCAGCCCAACACGUGGACUCUGAAGGCGUCACUGUGUCGAGAUCGAGUCAAAAUACGUCAACUACUUUGACUGACAGCGAGAAUGCUGCAAAUGGUGCUACUUCCAGUUUCAGAGAUAGAUGGUCGAUCGGAGAGAGCUUUGACAAGCGAAUUGACGAUGACUACGACGAAAUCAUGAGUCUACAAGACGUCAAAAUCGACAAGUUAAUCGGUCACGGCAGAUUCGCAUCAGUAUACAGAGGCUACUGGCACGGGGAGGUUGCAGUCAAAGUGUACAACCUACCCGAUGCAAGUGGCGACGUCUGCAACAACUUGACAUCAACGUCGGCAACAGGAUCCUCCAACAACGCCAAUAAGAUCCAGAUCACAAAAGAUGCCCACCAAGCGACUACACGUGGUAGUAUCAUAGGGCGCUCCUCGAACUCGUUGUCGGACGCGAGAAGAAGAUCUACAACUCCUCACGACACAGAUAUAAUCAUGAAGGAUAUUAAGACAUUGUGUAAAGCAAGGCAUAACAACAUCGUGCUGUUCAUGGCUGCAUGCAGGGAUCCGCAGACGCCAGCAAUAAUCACCAGUUUGUGCAAAGGAAAAACAUUGUACAGGAAAAUUCACCAAACGAGAGACGAAAUGCCGAUGCCUACCAUAGUCACGAUACUGGAACAGACUGCACAGGGUAUGGGCUAUCUGCACGGACGGGCCAUAGUGCAUAAGGACCUCAGGACGAACAAUCUGUUUGUGGAUGAGAGAAACCACGUGAUCAUCACCGACUACGGACUGGCAAACAUCACCAAAGUGGUCCAAAAUUCACACUCAGGGGAACUGGGUAUCUUCUGUCCCCCUGGCUGGCUGAGCUCCUUGGCUCCUGAGCUGGUCACUGUGCUCUCUCCCCACUGGAACAUAGACCAGAUGCUGCCCUUCACCAUGGAGACUGACGUGUAUGCGUUCGGAGUUGUCUGUUUCGAGCUGUUCAGUGGCAGAUUCCUUCAUGAACACGUAUCUUGUCACAGUGUCAUUUGGUCUGUCGCUUCUGGCUGCAAAAACAGUCUUGCUUCAUUUCAGAGCUCAAAGCGAUUCAAGGACUUUCUGAUGCGGUGCUGGAGUUUCAACCCGGACAACAGACCUCUGUUCAGCACUAUCCACAGCUACGUCCACAGCCUGGAAAAAGAGGUGCAGAGAAUAAGACAGCCAGUGGGCCGAACCCCCUCCCAACCCAUCAACAUGUCCAGAUCUAUGGAGAGAAUGAACGCCCACAUUGGUCCACAGGCUGCAGUCUACUGAACUCAAAUGACCCCAGAAGGAAUCUCAUCUGAACUUAAUAUAAAUGAACUUUUAAAAAAUCAAACUGAAAUGAUUUAUUAAGGACGUAAUAAACUGAAAUCUAAAUGGUCAGCUGCAUGCACUCAAUGCGCUUAAAACUUAUUCGCCGAAGGCUCGGUUUGCCGAAUAUAUCAUAUGUUGGCGGUUUGAUAGUUGGAAAUGAAGGAACUGAAUUUUCACUAGUUAUUGGAGUUGUAUUGGGUUAAAACUUUCGAAAUUGGCUUUCGAGUUUCAGUGAACAUUGUGAAGAUUUUUUUGUUUUUGGGAUUCAAAUCUGAUUUUUUCAAACUCAUUUGCUAAAGGUCAAUUCAAACUCAUUUGCUAAACGUAGUGUCGAAUUG